UACCUGCCACCUUUAUUAUUUUCUGUUUCUUUUCUAGUUUUCUUCACAGUUCCUUCUUGCUUGCUUCCCCCAAGUUUUCUUCUGAGUACCCUUUCCUGUACUUCUGGGGGUUGCUGUCCCCUCCUUGCUGGCAAGCUGGAUUUCCUGCAGGUGAAGCAUUUGAAGAGGAAGAGGAAGAGCAACUACAGUGUGAGGGAAACACAGACUCUCAUCAGGGAGAUCCACAAAAGGAGAGACGUGUUGUUUUCCAGACAGCAGAACACAGCCAUUAAUGAGUUGAAGAGGCAGGCGUGGGAGGAAGUGGCACAAGGCGUGAAUGCACUCGGGGAGGGGGAGCUACGUACUGCUGCUGAGGUAAAGCGCCGUUAUCUGGACUGGCGUGCACUCACUAAGAAAAAACAGCUUAAAGCUGAGCUGUCUCUCUCUUCUUCAUCCUCCCCUUUGGCCAUGAAAACUGAAUACGAUCAGUCCUCCCCUGAGCAUGAGGUGGCUUCUCUGGGAUCUGAGUAUGACCAACUGCUUGACCUGUCAGGCUUCCCGAAGGACUGUCACUGCGACUGGCCGGAGCUAGUGGCACUUGGCAACCCAGGCGGACAUCCCAUGAUGGCACUGCCAGGUGUGAAGAUGGAGGAUGAUGUCAAUGAAUACAGACUGGAUGGUGAUGUGGCAGAUGGAGAGAUGGAUGAGGAUGAUAUUCCCUCUCUCCUCAGCGACAUUGAGUCACGCGGAGAGGGUCAUGUUGCUGAUGUUUACUCCCACAACUUGGGCAGGGAUCCAACUUCCACCACCAACAGAGAUCUGGGUGGUGGCCUAAUGGGAAUGCCUGCUUACGGACUGGGUGGGCUCAAUAGUCAUGAGAACAUGGGAGCGGGGUUUCUGGUUGCUGUUGAGAAACAGCGACUAGAGCUGGAAAAACAGCGGCUGGCUGUGGAGACUGAACGCCUUGCCAUCGAGAAAGAGCGGCUGGUGGUGGAGAAGGAGCGACUUCUUCUUGUGGAAGUGGAAAGAGAAAGACUGCAGCUAAAGAGGGAAAGAUUACAGGUGGAGAGAGAGAGACAGAGGCUCCUGCUUGUCAGCCAAUCAGAGCAUGUUGAUUCCUCUUUUAACCUGUCGCCACAACAAGGCCCACCAUUUUCCUCAACUUCGUCUUUAUCCUCCACUCACAAUGGACAGAGAGAGAAGGAAAGCAAAGGCUGGAUGUCAGCAGUGAAUCUGGAGACAGAAAAGCUAAACCUAGAGAAGGAGAGAUUGCAGCUGGAAAAAGAGAGGCUGCAGUUCUUCAAAUUUGAAGCUGGCAGACUGCAGAUUGAGAGAGAGCGCCUGCAAGUGGAGAAAGAGAGAAUUCAGCUGCACAAAGACCAUCAGUCUGUGAAAAUGUGAUACGAGGGGCAGAAAAUGAUGUCUAAAAAUGAUGAAUAAAUUAGUGCCUCAAGGAAAAUGUGAAGCACUAAGAUUAUUGUUCAUGAUUAGAAAUGAGCUGAGAUGGAAGACCAUAUUCGAUCAUAAUGAUGUCUAUGUAAAAAGGAUGAUGGGACAGAAGCAAUACCAUGAUGUUACAGCAUAGGACAACUUUGACACAUUGAACAUAUUUGAUUUGCAAAACAGUGCCAAUUUUUAAAAAGAGUUUAGUACCCCAUGCUGUCUUAUGUUCCACAUCAGUGCCACUGCGUCUACUGCCUGGGUGCUUACCAAUAUAACUUAAAUACCAACACCAAAUAAGCAAGUUCUUGUUUAAUGACAUUCAUUGCUGUUCAUGUUUUUCUGUCAAUUGCGAACACAAACAUGAACAACCCAGGACCUUUAAACUGGGGCAGCUAAAUUGGAUCCAGCCAUUAGUAAUUGUAAUUUACACUUCUGCAUGUGUAUGUUUGUCAUACCAAUAAAGCCUGUAAACGGUUUUGGAAGAUCCAGAGUGGCUACUGUGUUUGGUGUACAUGCUAGACAUAUAAGUAAAAUAAUCAUAAUAUUAUAUUGUGCUAAAGACUACACUUGUUACUGGCUAUGGGAAACUAUAUUGUGUUAAUGUAUUUGAAGGUUAUUUUUAACAUAUUUAUUUUAUAUUGUAAAUGUACAAUAUAUACAGUGUAAUGUCUAUAGGUACCAUUGUUAUUAUUUGAUUCCUUGUAUGAAAGUAUAACUAUUCAGAUUUCUUAUGGUUGUUUAUUUUUUUUCUGAGGAUCUUGGUAAUAGGUAUUGACAAAAAAAGAAAUGAAACAUGCAGACAAAUCUUGAGAAGAUCAGAAAUAAAAUCUUCCAAAUGCCAAAUUA